GGUGCACAUGCCGCCGCAGUGUCGUGCCGACGUUCGCUCGAGCAACUGCAGCUGUGAUCGCUGCGAUGUCGUCAGAAGCCGGUAGAUUUGUCGCACUCGCGUCCGGGUAAAUUUUUUCAUUUACCCUCCCCCGAGUGCCGUCGGUCAGAAAGCGAUCAGCAUUUCGGCGAAAAAUCGCCACUGUGACGAUUAAAAAUUAAUCAUAUUUUGUACUUUAUCGUGACGAUAUCAUAAUUAAAUAUAUUGUUAUAAUAUAGUUUACGCGCGCGUUACGAUCACGACCAAACCGUCUAUCUUCAGUCCGUCCGCCCGCCGACCACUCUCCCGGUGUUAUCGCGAAAACGUUAUUAUAGUUAGGAAUUUUUUUGCCACAUCGUCAGCUGCAGCGGUGUUCAUAGCGGUUCUAUAUACCAGUGUCGUAAUAUAUUACAAUUAAUAUAUUAUAAUAUACGACAACGACGUGACGACAAUAUCGCAGAACAAUGACCGUUACCUAUACAGCAGAGGUGGCCACGUGUAGGGGUUUCGGAUGUUUUCUCAAACUUCUAUUGAGGUGGCGAGGAAGUAUAUACAAGUUAGUGUGGCCCGAUUUGGCUGCAUUCCUUGUCUGUUAUUACACUCUGAAUUUGACUUAUCGCUUUGUAUUGAAUCAACAGCAAAAACGAAUAUUCGAAAGCAUAGCCGAUUAUUGCGAAACAUACAGCGACUUGAUACCGUUGUCCUUUGUGCUCGGAUUUUAUAUAUCCAUAAUAAUGCAAAGGUGGUGGGACCAAUACUGUUCGAUCCCGUGGCCUGAUCCUAUAGCAGUUUACGUGAGCUCGCAUAUUCACGGACAGGACGAAAGAGGAAGAUUGAUGAGACGAACGAUCAUGCGGUACGUCUGUUUGGGUCUGACUAUGGUGUUCUCUAAUAUCAGCCCUAGAGUAAAAAAGCGCUUUCCUACGCUGGAUCAUUUCGUUGAAGCUGGUUUAUUGUUGGAAAACGAAAAAACGAUCGUAUUGGAUUUAAACGACAAAUUUCCCAGACACUCAAAACACUGGUUGCCAGUCGUGUGGGCGGCGAGCAUAGUGACUCGGGCGAGAAAAGAAGGACGGAUCCGCGACGAUUUCGCGGUAAAAACGAUUAUUGACGAGCUGAACAAAUUUCGCGGUCAGUGCGGUUUGUUACUCAAUUACGAUUCAAUAAGCGUGCCACUCGUUUAUACGCAGGUUGUAACAUUGGCCGUGUAUUCAUUUUUCAUUACAACUGUAAUGGGACGACAAUGGCUGGACAAACCAGUAGUGCCAUUGGCAAAUCUUAAACACCAAACGGAAACGAACUCGGCAAAUUAUAACUACAUCGAUCUGUAUUUUCCGGUAUUUACUACUUUACAGUUUUUCUUUUACAUGGGGUGGCUGAAGGUGGCCGAAUCGUUGAUAAAUCCAUUCGGAGAGGACGAUGACGAUUUUGAAGUCAAUUGGAUCAUUGAUCGUAAUGUCCAAGUUUCAUAUCUAAUAGUUGACGAAAUGCAUCACGAACAUCCAGAGUUGAUCAGAGAUCAGUAUUGGGAUCAAGUGUUUCCAACAGAAUUGCCAUAUACUGUAGCUGCCGGAGAACGUGAACGGCAUCCCGAGCCAUCGACAGCUAAUAUAGCUGUAUCAGAUGCAGACGCUGAAUACUCACUGCCACCCAAGGGCUGCGACGACGGACAAACCAUAGACGACGACGACGCGAACAGCGGAAUACACUUCGUUGCGACAGCGGGCAGCUAUAAGAGAUCAAACAGUCUGCUGCGCGGCCGUCCUAUAUCGUCGCACAGCUCUAACGAUCACCACCACCAUCUCAACAACCAGAGCGUGGCCAGCUCGCUAAACCGAGUAGGUUCGGUCACGUCCAUUUUGAAAAAUCUGUUCAAACGCACCGGCGGUACCUCCACACAGUUGGGCGGAGAUGGACUGUUAUCCAGGGUAUCAAGCAGCAAUAGAUUGCCAGGCAGUAGCUGGCAGAGCCAAGAGAGUUUACAGAGUAGCAGUAGUAAAUUACUACAACAACAAUUUGGUAGUGUUCGAAUUGCCGAUCAGGUGAUUGAGGAAUUAGAUGAACAAAUGACAAUUACAGCAGGAGGGCGGCUAGAAAGGCGCAGCGAGAAACCAAACGUGCGCACAGUCUUCCCACCACAACCGCCAUUACCUAAUGACUCUGCAUCAUCGAAUUUAUCAAACAUCACAUAUACAGAAGUGUUAUCAACUAAUGACGAUUUUGGCUAUCAAGAUGGAAAGCAGGAAGAUACAUUGAUGCGCAGCGAUAGUGACAGUAGUAACCACCACACACCUAGUACAUCUAGUUUAUUGUUUGUUGUCGAACCAGUGGUGAGCCAAUCAGCAACUAUAAACAAUGAAGCGCCUAACAGUAGGACUUCUUCAGUUAAUUAUGAUUACGAAACAUCUAGACGGACACCAGACCAUCAUGACUAGUAUUUUAGUGAUUAUGUUAUUUUUAUUUAGAAUACAAACACAAUGUUAAAUAACAAAAAACAAGUUAUUUCAAUAUAAUAAAAUGAAGUAUAAUUAAGAUGUAUAAAUAAGUAUAAUAUAAUAUUACAAAGUACUAACUACCAAAUAUUAUUUUUUGUUUACAACUCUUAAACUAGAUUGCUUAAAAUAUAUUUUUAAAUUUGCUUUAUGUUGAAUAAUGUUUUCUCAUAGUGCAAAAAAAGGAAAAAUGUGCAUUUUCUAACUAUUUUUGUUUAAUUUAAAUCAAAUUCCAAGUAUUAAUUGAUUCAGGUACCAUAAACUUAUAAAAUAGAAAAUGUAAAAUUAUAAUAAAAAUAAUUUGCAAUACAUUUUGGAAUCUAUAAUUCAACGGUAAAAGUAAUGAUUUGAAUUAUACAAAUAUAUUUUUUCUUUUACUUAUUACAGUAGGCAAAAAAAAAAGAAAAAAUCACAUUAUAAAAACUAUGGCCAAGAAAUGGAUAUAGAUGUAAAAAUAUAUUAUUUAAGUUACCACGAUUACAUAAUUACUAAUAAAGGUUAAAUUAAUUAUACACUAUGACAAAGACUUAUGCAUAUUCAGAUGAAAAUACACAAAUUUCAAAAAUAUUAAAAGUAUUUUAAAUCAGAGUUGUGAAUAUAAUAUUAUUAUAAAAUAUUAACUUAAACAUUUAGGAUAAAAUAAAUUAAAAAUAAUUAAAACAACGUAUUAAUGGAGAUACUAUCAUUUAUUAAGCUAAGAUUAUUAAAACAAUGAAAAAGAUUCAUGCAUAUUUUAUGCCUCUGAAGUUGUCUUAAUAAAAAGUAUUAUGAAAAUUAUACAUUAUGAAUAAUAAUGAAUACAUUUAAUACUAAUAAAUAUAUACUUAAUCAACAAGGAUGUACCUAAAAUCUUAUAAAUAAUGGAUACAUAAUAUCUUAAACGCAAAAGCCUAAAACAUAAUUUUUUUAUAUAUAAGCUACACCUUUAAUUGUGUUACUUCACUGUCUAGUUAUGUUACCACAACCAUUGAUUGAACCUAAGAUUAUUUAACUAUAACAACAGUUCAAGCAUAUUUAAAUGCGUUUGAACUAGUUUUAAAAAAAAUAUAAUAUGCCAGAACUUGAAAAAUGCUAUACAGUAUACUAAGCUAACCUACAUUUUGAAAAUAAUAAACAAAUAAAUAUUUUUUGUAUUUUAAUUUUAAUUUUGUUUUUAUGUUGUUGCGUGUUUAAUUUUUAGCACUUUAGUACUGUACAUUAAUGUAAUUUAAUGUUACCUAUGAAAAUUAUUGAUUAAGCUAAGAUUAUUAACCUAUGACAAAGAUUCAUGCAUAUUUUAUGUCUUUGAACUUGUCUUAAAAAA